AUGGAGCACAACAGCGGGAGGCCGCGGGCGUUUACGACCACGGGGAGCCACAUCGGAGGAACGACAAGAGAGGAGGAGGACCCCAUGGCUCUGCAGAUGGAUGGAUCCGCACAGCUCUCCAUUCUCAACUCCCUCCUCUCCUCCACCAACAAGGCCAAGUUUCUUGUGCCCUCGUCGAUGGUGGCCUUCACCGGCUACGAGGACAAGGUGAAAGAGGAACAGUGGUUUCGCACCGAACAGACCACCCAGCAGACCUGGGUUCAGUUUCGCGAGGAAGACGAGCCGUGGCCGCUGCAGAUAAAGCACGAGGAGGGUUACGUGCGGGAACAGGGGGUGGAGGGCGAGUACCAGACACAGCUGAAGAAGGACGGGUUCCCACUCGUGGAAAAGGACAAGUACAAGUGCUACUACCGCGAGUACUUCUUCUCGCCCGACAAAAAGGAAGACCUCAUGCGACACUAUGUGUACAUGAGUCGGUUGGAGGACGAGGAGGUGAACAACAUCGGUUCGGUCAUCAUCUGCUGCGAGGCCAAGCCGUCUCCGCCCGUCCCCCUGACAAAACACUCCAUCAAGGCCCUCGUCUGGUCCAAGAAGGGCCAAGAGCGGGUCACCAUUGGACUGAGGGCGCUCUCCGAGUCCGGAUCGGUGAUCAAGGCGAUCAAAGAGGAGGCACCCUAUCUUCAGCCCAUCCGCUUCAAUCGCAUCAAGGACUCGCUGGUGGUGAAGGAGAAGCUGUUGACGUACGAGAAGCAGAACGUGCAGGUCAACUACAAGUUCGGCGUGCUAUUCUCGCGCGAACACCAAACGACGGAGGACCAGAUGUACAACAACGAGCACGGAAGUCCAGCGUUUGAGGAGUUUCUGGACUUUUUGGGCGACAGGAUAAAGCUGGAGGGCUUUCAGGGCUACAGAGGCGGCCUUGACGUCAAAGCCAACACGACUGGAACGCACAGUGUACAUACGCAGCACAAGGGCAGCGAAAUCAUGUUCCACGUCUCAACUCUUCUCCAGUAUUAUCCCAGCGACGCUCAACAGGUCGAACGGAAGCGACAUUUGGGUAACGACGUGGUGAUGAUCAUUUUCCGCGAGGGCGAGAACGAGCCCUUUUCGCCCAAGUGGGUCCGCUCCCAGUUCAACCACGUGUUCAUCGUGGUCACCCCGGUGGCGCACCCCAAGGGCAAGCCCGGCACCUGGUACAAGCUCGCCAUCUCGUGCAAGGAGGGCGUCGUCCCCUUCCAGCCCCGCCUCCCCUUUCCGCCCUACCUCCGCAAGGGCAAGAAGGCCCGCGAGUGGUUCCUCUCCAAACAGGGCCGCGUUCCACGCGCCCGACUUUGUGCUCAAGUUCCGUAA